UUACCGAAGGCUCGAAUGGAUUAAUUGAUCUCCUCUGCGCCAACACCGAAUCUUUCUUCUUCCGUAGCACUGGGAUAGUUCGAGCUCCUCAUACGGAAAAGUGCUUCUGAACGUUAUUGUUUUACUCUGGUUAAAUGCAGCUCCUUUCUAAAAUUCGCAUUAUCUGUCGCUCUCUCUCACUUGCGCGACUGAUCCCUCUGUCCCAAAACGUAAACCCUAGAAAAAUGUCAAGGUUUAUAAUUUCCGGCACAGGCUUCUCAAGCAUGGGUUAUCAGAACGAGCAACAGUAGCCCGGCCGGACGAAAGGGGUCUCGGUUUACCAUUUCCGGCGGAGCACGGACGACCAGCGGAGAUGGGGCGGGGAUUCUCUUACCAUGAUGAUAAAGCCGUGGGAUCGAGGGCCGAGAGGCUGAGAUGAGUGGAAAGAUCAUCGCUUCUAUGACCUCAAAAACCCUUCCUUCACCAUCUCCAAGAUAAGCCAAGAUCGCACAGUCUUCCCCUCGCUGCAGCCCAAAAAAAGCUCCCAAGACUCAUCUCAAGAUCCUACGGCUUGACCAUCAUGGUAAGGAGAAUCCCCGCCCCAAAUCCACUGGUCGUCCAUUAAUGACCUGCUGCUCCGCCGGAAAUGGUAAACCGAGCCCCUCUCAGCCGGCCGGACUACUGUUGCUCGUUCUGAUAACCCGCUUCCCAAGCAUGCUGAGAAGCCUGCAACUGCCGUCCUACGCUCCACAUCUUCCCUUUCCAGAGGUAAAGUUGCUAACUUUCCUGGCGAUGCCAUCACUAGAAUUUCUAGCUUCGGGGAAAGGAGAAGCUUUUCUGGAUUUAGGACUUUUGAUAAGGAACUGGCGGCAAAAGCCCAACUGGGUAAGAACCCUGGUGUAAAGAGUGAGAAAUAUGUGAACUUGAAGAGAGGAGUUACAGAUGGUUGCAAAUCUAAAGGGUGUUUGGGGGAAAAACCUCAGCGGAGUUCUUAUGAGGCUUUAAAGAAAGUUGGUCGCAGAGCUGAAGAAGCAUAUAUUGGUCCAUCUGAUUCUCAAAACAGCGUCGGUAAAGAUUUUUCUGGUCCUAACAUGGAGCCAGUGGAUAGGAUUGGGAGUAAUGAGGUAGGGGGUUUAGAAAGUCAUGGAGAAAAAGUUUUUUUGGUUGAGGUAAAGCACAUUGAUAAAUGUGGUCACGGAGAUGAAACAGUGGGAAGUGACAAUGAUGAAGAUAGAAAAGCUCGGAGUUCUAUGGCCGCUAGUUCCUUAUCAAAAGUCCUAAAUCCAGAAAAGACGGGAGGGGUCUGUGUUGAUAAUACAUCAGUUCAUAUGGAGAAAAAUUGCUCGAAUUCACACCCAGACGAUAAUGCCAAUGUUUCAAAUGAUUUUGGUAAUUUCCAAGGUGAACUUGCAAACACUUCUUUGAUUCGUGUGCAUCAUAGAAAAGAAGCAGUGCAACUAGAUACUGAAGCAGUAAAAGCUAAGGGAAAUGAUGGGUUGGGAUCUGUGAAAGAUGCUUGUACUGCUAAUAGAUAUCAGAGCAACCUUCAUGAGAAGCUUGCACUAUUAGAAGGCAAGGUUCAAAAAAUAGCCUUGGAGAUCAAGCAAACCAAAGACAUGUUAGAUAAGAACAAGCCAGGUAAAUCUGGGCUUGUUCUUUCUGAUAUCCAGAAGAAAAUACUUGGUGUUGAAAAAGUGGAUAACAUUAAGGAUGGGGCCAAAUUUGAAAUUCUUUUUUCACAUUCAGGCAAAUUCGACGAUUGUGUAAUUUCAAAUCUUAGAGAGAUACCAAGGAAUUCUUUACCUUAUAUUAAAAGCUCAGAACAUGAAAAACUGGAAGCUAGAUUCUUCUCACAUCACAAGUUAAUGAGGGAACUCGUUUCAUCAGUCAUCUCAGGGGAACAAAUUAAGUGCUGUAAACUAGCUUAUUCAAGGAUGAAUGGAGCCCCAAAUAUUUAUUUGAUGGUUUCACUGAUGAAAACCCCGUUGCGCUAGAGUUUUUGGCUUCUUUAAGAGAAGAGCAACCUAAACCUAGAAUGUUUGAUGUAAACGUGCAAUUAACUAAUCGCAUGGCAAACAAAAUGCAACCAGAGAAUACAUCAUCAGGCCAAUAUGAUACAAGCAGCAUGAUUAGAGGGCAGCAACAGGAGGUUGAACUGGAGUCUAAUGAAAAACUUGAAGAAAUCGGUACUCCCGAGAUUAAUCCUCCGUCAAUGUCAUGCGUAGAUACUGAGGAUUCUACCAUUUAUCAGCUUUCUGAAAUUGGUCAGAAGGUUUCAACUGGAUGAUGGUUUGUUUCUAGAGGAGAAGCUGUUCUUCUUGCUCAUGAUGAUAAUUCUUGUUCCUACAAUGACAUUUCCAACUCUGAGGUGAAGUCUGAAUACAAGGCCCCAGCUGGCUU